AUGGACGGCGACGACUGGACGCUCAAAGAAGAUGAGGUAGCCCCGGCGGCCAACGUCGCGCCGCCCGCCUUCUUGACCGAGACGGACGUACCGCACCCGUCGUCCGAGGGGCGCCGGAUGGCCAUUUCGCUGCCGCCCGACGACGACGAGAACAACACGGAGAGCGACGGCGAUGAGAAAGGCAGCAAAUACCGCGCCAUGAUCCAGCGAGCGGCCAAGCGAACGCUCAUGAUGGUGCGCGCCAAGACAGCGUCGCAGUCGCUCGAGCGCAUCACGGUGCGCUUCUCGCCGAGCCAGCCGACGGAGCUGCCCCGCAGCGUGCAGCUGCCGCUCCUCAAGCAAAAGGUGCUAGCCCACAACAGCCUCGACGCCUCGUCCAAGACGGCGCGGCUCUUCAAGCACCUCUUUCAGACCUCGGUCGAGCUCGAAGCCAUCGUCAAAGAUGUGUUUUGGUACUUCAUCGCGAACGAAUUCCAGAGCGGACAGCACGCCACGCUCGAGUCGGACUUUACUUCGCGGAUCGCGGAUAACUACACCAACCUCUUUUUGCGGCUGCAGGUCGACCCGUCGACCCGCGAUUCGAAUGUGCUCGCGCGUCUACCGGACGUACUCGCACAGCUCGUCUUCUUGGCGCUGCAUGAAGCGUGCCCCAUGUCACGCUACCUCCUCAACCGCGACGUCCAAGAACGCCUUGUGCGACGGUGUUUUUCUUGGUUUGUGGGCUUUGAACCCAAGCAAAUCCAGCUCGAGCACUGGAUGCCCGAGCUCUCCAAGCACGCACAGCGCAAGUCGGCGGCGCUCACCGACUUUCCCGCGCUUUGCAACCGCGUGCGCCGGACCGAGCGCCUCGAACGCAUCCGCGCCGGUGACGCGCUCCCCGAGACUGGCGCGUCGACGACGCCAGCGGUCGCUGAAGACGACCGCGACGGGCUUCCACGGACCCACUUGCACUCGUUUACAAAGGAGCGCGUGGUCUACUCGCUGCGCAACUCGCCGUUGAUUGGCAGCUUCUUAGCGCGCCAUGGGCUCGAGAACAAUGCGACUUGUUUGGCUGUCGACCUGCAUCUCACGACAACGACGCCGCAAGACGCGCUCCACAGGACGCACGGCCCGCGCCAGCACCGCCGCGCAGUCCUCGACGCGGUCUCGUACACGGAGCUCGUGGCCAAGUUUGAGGCCUACGGACGCCACCUCAAGGCGUCGUACUCGGACGAGCGCGCGAAAGCGGACGCGGCCAACCGUGCGGACGCCAAGGUCACAAUUGCGACCCACAAGAACCUUGCUGCGCAAUAUGCCUACAUUGCGAGCCAAGACAAGGGCAUCCACGAGCUCAGCAACGUGCUCGUGUGCCACGCCCAGCUCGAAGCCAAGGCAACGCGCCCAACCAAGCCCGCAGCGCGCCUGACGCCGUCCCGGCCGCAGUGUCGGCGACCAACGUGA